CGACACGUAGGUCAUAUCAGCGCAACUCCAACAAUCGCUUCUCGGUCUCUGAAAAAAUAUUUAAACAUCAGUUUUUCGUCGUCCGUUGUCGAGUUGUGUUGCCCGCUUCCUUCUUUUAUUUAACGUCAAAGUUUUACGAUUUUUACUUCUACAAAAAUGGCAUGCACCGCUCCGAAAAAAGUGUGCAUCGUGGGCAGCGGAAACUGGUAAUUGUUUUGUUGGAUAUUACGAUUUUUCUAUGGAUUUUUCAUUCAAGCUUUACUGCGUCUUAUACUCUAACCUCACUUUUUGGAUUUCUUAUUUAUAGAUAAGCUUGUUAGGGGAUCGGCAAUUGCAAAAAUCGUAGGAACCAAUGCUUUGCGACAAAAGCACAUCGACGACAGGGUCACUAUGUAUGUUUACGAGGAAAUGAUAAAUGGCAAAAAGUUGACAGAAAUCAUUAAUGAACAGCAUGAAAAUGUUAAAUAUCUGCCUGGUCACAAGUUACCGCCCAAUGUAGUUGCCGUACCAGAUGUAGUUGAUGCAGCAAAGGAUGCUGAUAUUUUAGUUUUUGUAAUACCCCAUCAAUUUAUCAGGACACUGUGUUCAACUCUUUUAGGAAAAAUCAAGCCAAAUGCUAUUGCACUAUCUCUUAUUAAGGGCUUCGACCGCGCUGAGGGCGGCGGUAUCGACCUGAUUUCGCACAUCAUCACCCGCCACCUGAAAAUCCCAUGCGCUGUUCUGAUGGGUGCAAAUCUGGCCAACGAGGUGGCCGAUGAGAAUUUCUGCGAGACCACAAUCGGCUGCAAGGAUGUACGCUUUGGACCCCUACUCAGGGACAUCAUCCAGACUGACUACUUCAGGGUUGUUGUCGUUGACGACGAAGACACCGUCGAAGUUUGCGGUGCUCUUAAGAAUAUCGUAGCAUGUGGAGCUGGUUUCGUAGAUGGUCUCGGUCUUGGGGACAACACGAAGGCUGCCGUCAUCCGACUAGGCCUGAUGGAGAUGGUAAAAUUCGUAGAUGUCUUCUAUCCAGGUGGCAAGCUGUCCACUUUCUUUGAAAGUUGUGGUGUUGCCGAUCUUAUCACCACCUGCUACGGAGGCAGGAACAGGAAGGUCAGCGAAGCUUUUGUAAAGACUGGAAAAUCAAUUAAAGAAUUGGAAGAUGAGAUGUUGAAUGGACAAAAAUUGCAAGGACCUUUCACCGCCGAAGAAGUCAACUACAUGCUGAAAAACAAGAGCAUGGAAGACAAGUUCCCAUUGUUUACUGCCAUCCACAAAAUCUGCACUGGGCAACUUCGACCAGCUGGCUUCAUCGACUGCAUCAGGAACCAUCCUGAGCACAUGAAUUCAAAUUUAGACACAUACAAGUCAGGCCGAUCCAUCCACAAUAGCAAACUUUAAUAUGAGUUCAUUCAAUAAGCCUAUACUAAUCUUAAAUGUUCAAAUUUAUGCAUGUACUGUUAUAUUUAUUGUAAAGUUCAGUGAUGUUUUUGUAGUCUUAGUUACGUUAAAUCAGUGUGUACCCAUUUUCAGCGAACUUUUUAUUAGUUAGCUAGCAUAUACUAUCAAAUGUACUGUUUACCUCGAUCAAUAAUGCUUGAAGCCAUACGCCAUACCAAAGUAUCUUAUGUAAUUGUAAUAUUUUGAUCAUAUCUGACCUUGCUUUAUUCAACCAGUAACGACAGCACAGAAAAUAAUCAGCGAUGAAGUUGAAAUAAGUUAGGUCAGAAAAACUUUAAUAACAAUACAUAAUUGUCAAUGUCAGUAUAAGAGAUGUUCUUAUCCUAUUUAAGCAAAUACUUUGGAUAUUGCUAAGUCAAGCAACAUGGCAUUGAGGUUAAAAUGCAAUAAUUGUGUAGCAUUUAUUAGGAUAAUGAAAAUGUUUUUAAUCGUUGCUGUUAAUAUGUGAUGGAAUUUGAAGUAUAGGUACUAAUGCAAUCUCAUGGAAUGGAUAUUCAAUUCGAAAAAAUCCCGUUAUGUAUAGUAUGCAAAACAUGUAUAAAAAUGUUUGACAGUUGGCAAAAACAUUUUAAUUUUCUUGUUGUCACGUCUCUGAUGAACAUUUUUGAGAUAAGUUGUUAAUUGCAGAUUAUGGUAAAGUUUGAUUUUAUCCCAUAAGGAAAAACAUGUUUCGCAUUUUUUCGAAUUAAAAAUCAACCCUAUGUGAAUAAUUUGAAAGUUUACCAAAACGUGAAAGUAUUUCUAUUUGGGACCUGUUUAAAGCGAGAGAUUCCUUGAUCAUCAAUAAGGGUUUUAGUGGAUUAAUGGUAUGACAGUACAAUACCACCAUUACUUUCAUAAUAUGUCUACUAAAAGUACAUUUAAAAUCUUCCGCUUUAUACAGUUUAGGUUCAUUGCAAUAUUUAAGCGUAAUAAGUUUGUAAUUAUAUCAAAUCUUAGAGCAUAUUUUUUUACUAAAACACUAUUGAAUGCACAAUUUGAAUAGUUUGUCUGCAGUAUCAUAAUAUAAAGUAAAAGAGUCUGGAGAAGAAUUUGAAAGUUUUUGUUUGUAGUAAGUCAAUUAAUGAGUGUAUACAGGUAAUCUACUAUGGUGUACAUUGACCCCCACUAUCUUUUUUGUAUGAUCGUUUAAAACAAAAGGUUGUAAGCAGAACUUGUAGGGUCCUCAUGACAUAUCUUUAUUGUCUCAAAAAAGUGUUAUCCAAUAAAGUUGUAUGUUUUAAAUGGAACUUAUGUAUAUUUUUAGUGAAGAUGAUGGCGCUUUUUUUCCGAAUGUAUAUGGUUUGUCAUACUUAAUACAAUCACUUUAAUCAAAAACUUAAAUUUUGUGAGCCAUUUAUUUGUGUGUAUCAGUGGUCAAACCAGUGUGGACACCCGCCUAUGCUAUCUGGUAUUAAGGUCGAAUACAUAUGACAAAAUGACAGGCAUAAUUAAAAUGUUCAACUGAAACAAUAAAAAUAACUAGAACAAGCCAUAUAUUUGUAUCAGAAGAAAACCUACGACCAUUUGCACUAAAAAUAUCCAGGGUGUUCUAUUUAAAAAAUACAAUUGUAUUAUUAUUUAUUAGACCAUAUAAUUAUUGGAUACAUAUUUUUUUCUAAAAGGUUAAGAGGGGGGUCAACUAUGUAAGUGGACCUCGUACAAAGUGGCGUGGAUGUAUAGCAGAGGUUCAAGAUAUGGAGAUUUAUUAUUGGCUGUGAUAUGCUAGCCCAUCGUUUUGGGGUGAGCGGGGAAAGUAAUCUUUUUCAAAUUGGUGCAGGUGAUGCAUUUUUCCUUAGUAAACAUUUUAUAUUUCUCUAAUAAUGUAGUAAAUACAGACAUAUUGGAAUAUACAUAGCUGUUUUGGUUGAUACAUAGUUUCCGUAGUUUCUAAAGUAAUUUUAUUAACGCGUAUUAGACGCAAACCUGGCCUUGCGAAUUGAAAAUAUCCCAGUAAUCAAGAUUUCUUAUAAAACAGAAAAUAAUGCUUGUACUUUAAUUGCCAGUAUUUUUAAUAAAUCAUAAAGUUCAAUUAGGUAAAAUAGUGGUGUGGAAAAAAAUGUGCACUAAGAUUUAGUGACAGAGAAUAUUAAGCUGUGUAAGAGGAACUCAUUUGCAUUUAUUUUUUCAGGGUAAAAAAUCCAGAAACAGAAAGCAUUUAAUGCUUUUGUUAAAAAAUUAGUGCCAUUUAGGUUUAUUGCGGACUAUUGUACAAUAACUGGUGAAUUUAUAUAUUAUAGCAAGUACGAAUAAAUCUACUUUCAACAAAAAUGUGUUACUAUAUGAUUGCUAUCAGAUAUGCGGUACAUAUAACUAGCACCAGGCGCGGCUCCAGGGGCAUGCUUUGGGGGGUAUUGCCAUGUUUGCGCUUAUUAUAUAGUAAUUAAGAAGGGGAAUAAUAAACAGGAUGCACAUUUAAGUUUUCAAACAAAAAACAAUGAGGUCUCUCCUUUCCCCUUUCCUCAUUUUUUCCUGCAAGUCUGAGGCUUUGUGGGGGCAAUGGCACGUCCCCCCCCCCCUUGUUCCGCAUUCCAAGUCGGUUGUCACACUGACAGUAACAAGCAUAGACCAUAAAUACUCAUACGUUUGCGAGAAAAUUUUCGGCGAUACGAAACUAAAGAACGUAUGUCUGAACUUAUACAAACAAACAUCCGCGCACAGAGGCAGAUUGUAUAUGUCUGUGUGAGGGAGAUGGGUAUGUCAAAGUGAUGCUGGUAGUUUUAGUGUGAUCCGCCAAAAACCGUGAAAUGCACUAUAGAAGAGUAUGAUAUUUUAUUAAGACUACAUUCAUAUAAACAAUACAUCCUUGAUGUUUUGUAAUUGCAGUUACUGUUUUGGGUUAAAAUGAAACACAGGUCACAAAGGGCUGGAUGACUACGAAUAGCACAAAUGAAAUCUGAUUGUUGAUUAAAUACUCGAACACCCCGAUAACGUGGCAAUCACGCAUUUUUGUGAAAAAAUGGUUAAUGGAAAAGUUUCAGUCUAUUAAAAAGCAAUUUGUUGAUUAUCUCUAAUAUAACCCAUGCAAUGACCUUAGAGUUCAUUUGGAGCUCAAGUUUGUACAUUCUAAUAGAAACACUACAAACGACAACAAAUCCGUAUGGAGCUCAGAAAUUUAAAUCGGAAUGUAUUUUCAUACAUGACGUCAAGUGGUCUUAAGUGGUUGAAUAAGGUGGAAUACAUUAUUAGUCAUUGGUAUCACAUACUGUAACGACUGAAAAGUACACGAACACCUGAGGAUAGCUUUAGGUGAUCUAAA